AUGGCGACAGGAUAUGAAAAUACUUUGCAAGGUUAUGACGUGAGUCGUUUUCAAGGAGAAGUCAGAGAGGAUCUGCUUUGUUCCAUUUGUUAUAAAGUUCCAAAGAAUCCCAGACUUUGCCAGAACCAAGAACAUAUAUUUUGCUUCUCUGACAUCUCACGAUGGCUCCUAGGACAUAAAACAUGUCCAGUUUGCAGAGAUCCUCUGACUCAAGAAACCUUGAGACGACCAACAGGAUUUCUGAAGAAUUUUUUGAACGAUCUAAAAAUCAAGUGUGAUCAUCAUGAACGAGGAUGUCCUGACUACGUUCGUCUGGAACAUCUUCCAAGACAUGUCGAGGAAUGUGGAUAUGCUCCUGUCAUGUGUCGUAAUGAAGGAUGUGAUACAGAGGUUAAUAGAAGAGAUGUUGAAUAUCACGAGAAAACGUGUGAAAAUAUCAAGAAAAAUGUGGAUGGAUUAAAAAUGAGUCAGAAUGAAAUGAAUGUUCGAAUGACUUCAUUGGAAAGAAAACAGGAUGAAAUGAAGAAAAAUGUGGAUGAAAUAAAAGCAAGUCAGGAUCAAACAAAUGUUCAAAUGACUGCAAUUGGAAGUAAACAGGAUGAGAUGAAGCAAAGUAUGAACGAGAUGAGAGAACAGUUUGAGAAAAUAAUGAUGAUGAUGAUGAUCAACCGCACAUUUCAAGGAAAUAAUACAAACAAGAAUGGUGCUAGCGCUAUGAAUCACACAGUUCCAGUCAAGAAUCAAGAUGUUAUUAUUAUUGGUGGUGAGUAUGGCAUAAAAAGCUACGGGGUAUUAAAUACAGUCGAGAAAUACAACAUAGUAGAACAAAAUUCAACUCCACUGUCACGAUUCAAUCAUCCCCGAACAGCAUCAGCAUCGUGUGUUUACAACAAUGACAUUCUUGUCGUUGGUGGUUUCGAUGGUAUAGUAGGAACUGACACGAUUGAAGUUUUGAAGAUGAACCAACAUCCUUUGCGAUGGACAAUGUUUGAUGGUAAACUGCCUGUUAAAUUAUCUGGUCAUGCCGUAAUAGUUUAUCAAGAAAAAUUAUAUAUAAUAGGAGGAUAUGACGGGAAUGAAAGAAAAACAUCGAAUGACAUUUAUGAGAUUGCUCUUACCCCACCUUAUACUGCAAAACUGCUGACGAGAAUGCCUGAGGCAAGAAGAAAUCACAGAGCAGAACUUGUUAAUGGAAAACUAUUUAUCUUGGGCGGAACAACAACCGGCUUUAGUAAAGAGGCUCUUUACAGCGUUGUUGUUUAUGAUUUGAUUAAGAAUGAGUUCAAGCCAUGUCCAUCGUUAUCUCAGCCUGUUUUUGCUAUGUCCACAGUAAGUUGGGGUCAUAUGAUCAUCGUCGUUGGUGGUUUGGAUAAGAAUGGCCAGGUAUUAAAUGACGUCAUAAUGUACGACACAGAGACAGGCCGAAGCGAGAGACUGCCCUCCAUGAUUUACAAAAGGAUGGACAGCUCUGUCGUGAUCAUAAAUGACGUCAUUGUCGUGUUUGGUGGAUGGAAUAGUGAGCAGGGAUAUCUCAACUCAGUGGAAUCUUUCAUCAUUGGUGGAGUUGGCUGGAAAGAACUGCCAGGAAUGACACAAAAAAGACGCAAUGCUACUGCUGUAGUUAAACCUCUGAGAAUUUGAUGAAAAAUUUGAAGUAAAAGAGUUUGUCAUUUUGUCCAAGAUUGAGAUGAACACGAAGUUAUAAAUGAACAAUCAGUGAAUGAUUACAUGAAUUAGCUUUUCAAGUCUCUAAGUGCCGCUGACCACCACUGAUCUUUUAUGAAACUGGAUGAUUGAAGAUGUUUUGUAAUAAAAAUGAUAUUGUGAUAAUUAUCAUUUAUAACUGAUGUAGU